AUGGUCGAAAAGAAAGCGGUAGAAAUCACACAAGCGUGCGCAAAAGCUGCCAACAAGCUGAGCAACGACCAAUGGCAAGCUUUAAUUGGUCUCCACCGGACUUUACUCCAUGAGCACCAUGACUUCUUCCUCGCGUCGCAGCACCCCACAGCUUCGCCUGCUCUGCGACGCCUCGCGAAGAAGUACGCCAUGCCAGCUCGAAUGUGGAGACAUGGAAUUCAUUCGUUUCUCGAGCUUCUCCGUCAACAACUGCCCGGGUCACUGGAGCAUAUGUUGGCAUUCGUCUACAUUGCUUAUUCGAUGAUGGCGCUUUUGAUGGAAUCUGUGCCGCGUUUUCUCGAGACUUGGAUUGAAUGCCUGGGAGAUCUCGCCCGCUAUCGUAUGGCUAUAGUAGAAGUCGAUCUGCGUGAUCGCGAGAUCUGGUCUAAAAUUGCACGCACAUGGUACAAUAGGGCCGCAGAUCUUUCUCCCGAUGUGGGAAGGAUCCAGCAUCAUCUCGCUGUCCUCGCGAGACCCAACAUCGUACAGCAGCUGUUUUAUUAUUCCAAAGCCUUGGUCAGCAUCAAACCGUUUGAGAAUGCUCGGGAGAGUAUAAUGCUACUGUUCAACCCUCUGUUGGAUACCGAGGAUCCGUCUUAUGACAAAUAUCGGGCUACUGAGGCUUCCUUUGUUUCCGCCUUUGCCUUCCUCUUCAAGCGUGGAUCCCUACAGAAGUAUCAACUGCAUAUUGAAACAUUCCAACAAGGACUCAGCGAUCACAUCACGCGUGCGGCCGCUGAGUGGAAAACACAAGGCCCAGAGGUUGCUGCAUCUAUAAUCGCUGGAGUGCUCGAUUUUGGAAAGCCAGAAAACCCAGUCUGGACAAUGUACCGUCAGCACAUCGCGGCAAUCGAAUCCCGCAAAUCCUCCGACGAAACCAUGGAACAAGGCCAGAUUGAUGCAGAGGAUGUGUCCAUCCGCGAUCUGCUGUUCGAGGAGUUCUGGUCGGACGUGGACGCUAAAGCGCCCGUAUUAGCCAGGGCUCCAACAUGGAUUCCCGCUGAAGUGGGACUUGGCUCAUCCCAGGCGGUUAGUAUUUAUGUUCUGGAAAUGCUGCGCUCGGCUGUUGCGACCAACGCCGGCAAGAUUGGGGACAGAAAUGUGGUUCCUUUCAUGAACUUUAUUCUCGGCUUUCUUUGGUCGCUGGCGCGCAUCGGUGGUCCUCUGAUCUACCUAGAGGCUCACAUUCCAUGGUCGAAUAUCGUUCUCUUCCUCAACAUGUUAGGACGGUCGGGUGUGUCUGAACGCGUAACGGCUGUAACGUUCCCUCAAAGCACCAGUGGCACUGGUCGCCAGCUCCCGGAGGACAUUCCUGCACGCGGAGCAGUGUGGGCGCCAGACAUCUUCCCUCCGGACUUUUUCCGAAAUACCGUCGCUGACGAGGAUGAACGCUCACUCGAGUUGCCCAGUCACACAGCACCCCGUUAUGAGCGCUGCCUGUGGUUCGGAGUUCGUUUAGCAUCGCUCAAUCGCUAUAUUCGCUACAACGUAUCUACAAAGCAGUUCUCCCUGUCCAAUUAUGCUAUGGCAUUGGAGCAGGGCGGCCGAGGCGAGAGCCAUCAGCCCGGACCCACUCAAAGUCAUACGGCGGCUGAGAAGCCUCACCUGCUGCAGGACGACACAGGAGAUGUUGAGAUGACAGACGAACAGGCCAGUGGCUCUAGCCCUCUUGAGGCGGAUUCAGACUACGUUAUGAUCGAUAGGGGCUCCAUGGUCAGGAUCUAG